AUGCCUGACUUAGACGACCAGCGCAGCACUGGUGAAGCCUCUUUUUCUGAAAGUGAAAAAGCCAGUCUCCUCAGGAGUGCUGGGGGUCUCGAUUACAUCCUUACAAAAUUGGUUGAUCGUUUCCAGUCCGUUGAAGAGCGGAUCCAGGCGACUCAAGAUAGUUUCAUCGUGGCCAGAUCAAUCCUCGAUCAAGUCAAGGAACAGCUGGGCAGCGAGGAGAGGGUUCCGCUGGCCUCCAUUCGACUACUUUUCGACCAAUUUUUGAAAAUUGCUGACCGUGCUUUUGCAUUGUUUCCCUUGCUUUACCCAAUCCACCCUGAAGAUGGGUUCAAGGACCUUGAGGAAGGUGAACAUGCUGCUGCUGAGUGA